ACUAUUAGUUUUUUUUUUGGAAUAUAUGUGUUUUUAAAUUAUAUUCCAUGUUAUUGACUAUAAUAUAGGAUGGUCCCAAAACCGUGUGCCAUAAGGUCAGUGCACUCAGUCCAUCGUAUACUAUGUCCGUCACAUAGAAAUUUGUAUUUCUGUCCAAAGAAUUUGCAUCGAUCCGCAAUAAUGCGGGCAGAGAGAUGUGAGUUUGAGGCAUUUCAAUCAGGACAUUGUUCGGGCACUAUGGAAGAUGUUAAAAGGAAAAUUAAAAUAAGAAUUGGAUUGGAGCCGGGUUAUCAUCUAAUACCAAGAUGCCGGUCGGGCUUGCUGAAAUAUCAACCGAAAAGAGAUGAUUUACCAUAUCGCUGUAUGAGAGAUUCAUUCACUACGGCAGUAUUACCGAAUAGUUCAAUUACAAAGCGAGAGCGUUACGUUAAUCACAUGGGACAAGUGCGAGUUGGAGCUUUAAUGGAGGACCUGGACAUGUUUGCAGUCUGGAUCUGUCAUCGUCAUGUCAAGGUGCCGGCUUUACCAAGAGGCAUACCGCUUCCCUAUGUAUUUGUAACGAUGCUGGUUGACAAGAUUGAUUUUUACAAUAUCCACAACGUUGAUGCUAAUGAGGACAUUGAACUAUGUGGACAUGUAUCCUGGGUUGGCCUCAGCUCCUUAGAGAUUACGAUAUAUAUGCAACAAAAACUUCGCACGAUUACCAAAGCGAUCCUCAUGAUGGUAUCCCGCAAUGCCACGAACACUAGAGCUGCUCCUGUUAAUCUCCUUAAACCUGAUGGCAAGGAGGAGCAACAUUGCUUCGACGACGCCAUUAAACGACAAAAGAGAAGGCGAGCCAAGUACUCCAAUCAAUCUUUAAUUAAUCGACCCUCCAUAAACGAUGAAAUGCUAAUGUUUGAACUGUAUCGAAGAACGAAUGGCACGGAUAUUGCCAAAGAGGAGUUACUGGAGGAGCCGCCUAACUGCAGCUGGAUGUCCAAAUCUUCUCAGACAACCAUGUUGCAUCCAUUCCCCGACAGUCGCAACGCACAGAAUAACAUAUUCGGUGGCUAUCUCAUGCGCAACGCUGUCGAGCUUAGUUUUAUUACGGCCAGCAUUUAUUCGAGAUCUCGACCAUAUAUCGAAUGUAUCUUGGACAUUGCCUUCUUCAGUCGCAUUAAGGUUAAUUCCUUUAUUAAAAUCACGGCCUAUGUGGUGUACACUUAUGAAAAGUAUAUGCAACUUUUAACAGUUGUCCAGGUCAUGAAUGCCAACAACUUUGAGGAGUUUACCACAAAUACCUUUCAUCUAACAUAUUCAGUGGAUCAGCCAGUUAAAGAGGUACUUCCAUCCACCUACCAGGAGACCUUGUGGUAUAUUGAGGGACGCAAAAAAUUUCUUGAUUUCCAAAGAUUGAGGAAUCAACGUCAAUCAGAGACAGUAGAUUCUGAAUGCAACUGAGGAAGGAAUUACUCAAAAAUUACAUGGAUAUACAUUUUUUUGAAUCCAAAUUUAAAUUAUCAGUAGCUGAGAGCAUAUUGGGCUUAAUUAAUUACGCAAUAAGUGCACUUAGUUUGGGCAAUGAAAGCUUAUUUCAAUUUUUGUUUUAUUGAUAAUAUAGUUUAAUUAAUUGCGUAA